AUGAUGAGAUUGUCCUUUGCUUUCGCAAAAAUUAGCCACCUCUCGUCAGAGUCGCAAGCAGAAAAUGAAACGGAAAUCUUCGACAUCUUCACUACGGACGAUAACGUCAUUCUUUUUGCCGAGGAACACAGUGAAAACUAUCAACAUCAACAGCACAAUGACGACAAGGUAAAUGAGCAACGAGAACUUGCGCCUCAAAGACGAGAGCGAGAAGUCGUUCGCAAUCGAUUGAGGGCUUCUAGGAGACGUACGGCUAUUCUGUACACAUUGGCGCCAAGGAUCAAUAUCCCUGGCGCAGCGUGGGGAAUCCUAAAAAGCUCUGCCGGCUUGCGUGGGCACCGCCAGCAUGUACUGGGGAAACCUAAGCACAUCAAGCAGAUGAUUGUGACUUUGCUGCGUAAAUUUCGGGUUGCUGACAAUCCUAGGAAGUUUGCUUUGUAUGAGUGCAGCUAUGAGAGUGACGAGGAGACGCCGACUCUGCUCAGUAAGUCUAACAACAAAGAUAGAUACAGAUAG